GCGGGACGCCCGGGGUGGAGUGGAGCGCUGACUGGCGGGGUCGGCUGAGCAUUGAGCAUCCCAAGACCCAGUGGUGGCUGAUUUUCACCUCCCUUUCCUGAUAUCCUGAGGGAGCUCGGGAUCUCUCAAGACCUUGCUGCUCAAAUCUGCAGAACACAUUUAACCGAUCUCCCUUCAUCACUAGUGGGGAGAUGUUGAAGUUCAAGUAUGGAGCACGGAAUACGCCGGAUGCUGGUGCUGCUGAAUCCAUUGCCAGUCGGGCCUCCAGGUUGAAUCUUUUCUUCCAGGGGAAACCACCCUUCAUGACUCAACAGCAGAUGUCUCCUCUUUCCCGAGAAGGGAUAUUAGAUGCCCUCUUUGUUCUCUUUAAAGAAUGCAGUCAGCCUGCUCUGAUGAAGAUUAAGCACGUGAGCAACUUUGUCCGGAAGUAUUCUGACAUCGUAGCUGAGUUGCAGGAGCUCCAGCCUUCAGCAAAGGACUUUGAAGGGAGAAGUGUCGUAGGUUGCGGUAACUUUGCCGAAGUGCAGGUGGUCAGAGAGAAAGCGACCGGGGACAUCUAUGCCAUGAAAGUCAUGAAGAAGAAAGCUUUGUUGGCCCAGGAGCAGGUUUCAUAUUUUGAGGAAGAACAGAACAUAUUAUCUCAGAGCACCAGCCCUUGGAUCCCCCCAUUACAGUAUGCCUUUCAGGACAAAAAUAAUCUUUAUCUGGUCAUGGAAUAUCAGCCUGGAGGGGAUUUGCUGUCACUUUUGAACAGAUAUGAGGACCAAUUAGAUGAAAAUAUGAUUCAGUUUUACCUAGCUGAACUCAUUUUGGCUGUUCACAGCGUUCAUCAGAUGGGAUAUGUACAUCGAGACAUCAAGCCCGAGAACAUCCUCAUUGACCGAAUGGGACACAUCAAGCUGGUGGAUUUUGGAUCAGCUGCUAAAAUGAACUCAAAUAAGAUGGUGAAUGCCAAACUCCCAGUUGGGACCCUAGAUUACAUGGCCCCUGAAGUGCUGACCGUCAUGAAUGGGGACGGAAAAGGUGCCUAUGGCCUAGACUGUGAUUGGUGGUCGGUGGGAGUUAUCGCUUAUGAGAUGGUUUAUGGAAGGUCCCCAUUCACUGAGGGAACCUCAGCCAGAACCUUCAAUAACAUCAUGAAUUUCCAGCGGUUUUUGAAGUUUCCAGAUGAUCCCAAAGUUAGCAGUGAAUUACUUGAUCUGAUCCAAAGUUUGUUGUGUGGCCAGAAAGAGAGACUGAAGUUUGAAGGCCUCUGCUGUCAUCCUUUCUUCUCUAAAAUCGACUGGAGUAACAUUCGAAACUCUCCUCCCCCCUUCGUUCCCACCCUCAAGUCUGAUGAUGACACCUCCAAUUUUGAUGAACCAGAGAAGAAUUCGUGGGUUUCAUCCUCUCCGUGCCAGCUGAACCCCUCAGGUUUCUCAGGAGAAGAACUGCCGUUUGUGGGGUUUUCGUAUAGCAAGGCACUGGGAAUUCUUGGUAGAUCUGAGUCUGUUGUGUCAAGUCUGGACUCCCCUGCCAAGACUAGCUCCAUGGAAAAGAAACUUCUCAUCAAAAGCAAAGAGCUGCAAGACUCCCAGGACAAGUGUCACAAGAUGGAGCAGGAAAUGACCCGGUUACAUCGGAGAGUGUCAGAGGUGGAGGCUGUGCUUAGUCAGAAGGAGGUGGAGCUGAAGGCCUCUGAGACUCAGAGAUCCCUCCUGGAGCAGGACCUUGCUACCUACAUCACAGAGUGCAGUAGCUUAAAGCGAAGUUUGGAGCAAGCACGGAUGGAGGUGUCCCAGGAGGACGACAAAGCACUGCAGCUUCUCCACGAUAUCAGAGAGCAGAGCCGGAAGCUCCAAGAAAUCAAAGAGCAGGAGUACCAGGCUCAAGUGGAAGAAAUGAGGUUAAUGAUGAAUCAGUUGGAAGAGGACCUGGUUUCGGCCAGAAGACGGAGUGAUCUCUAUGAAUCGGAGCUCAGAGAGUCUCGGCUGGCCGCCGAAGAGUUCAAGCGGAAAGCCACAGAAUGUCAGCAUAAAUUGAUGAAGGCUAAAGAUCAAGGGAAGCCUGAAGUGGGAGAAUAUGCCAAACUGGAGAAGAUCAAUGCUGAGCAGCAGCUCAAAAUUCAGGAGCUCCAAGAGAAGCUGGAAAAGGCCGUGAAAGCCAGCACGGAGGCCACCGAGCUGCUGCAGAACAUCCGCCAGGCGAAGGAGCGGGCCGAGCGCGAGCUGGAGAAGCUGCACAACCGCGAGGACUCUUCCGAAGGCAUCAAGAAGAAGCUGGUGGAAGCCGAGGAACGCCGCCACUCUCUGGAGAACAAGGUAAAGAGGCUAGAGACCAUGGAGCGUAGAGAAAACAGACUGAAGGAUGACAUCCAGACAAAGUCCCAACAGAUCCAGCAGAUGGCUGAUAAAAUUCUGGAACUGGAGGAGAAGCACCGAGAAGCUCAGGUCUCAGCCCAGCACCUGGAGGUGCACCUGAAACAGAAAGAACAGCACUACGAGGAAAAAAUCAAAGUGUUGGACAAUCAGAUAAAGAAAGACCUAGCCGACAAGGAGACUUUGGAGAAUCUGAUGCAGAGACACGAAGAGGAGGCCCACGAGAAAGGCAAGAUUCUCAGCGAGCAGAAGGCGAUGAUCAACGCCAUGGAUUCCAAGAUCAGAUCCCUGGAACAGAGGAUAGUGGAAUUGUCGGAAGCCAAUAAACUUGCGGCAAACAGCAGUCUCUUUACCCAGAGGAACAUGAAGGCCCAGGAAGAAAUGAUUUCAGAACUCAGGCAGCAGAAGUUUUACCUGGAGACACAGGCUGGGAAACUGGAGGCCCAGAACCGGAAGCUGGAGGAGCAGCUGGAAAAAAUCAGCCACCAAGACCACAGUGACAAGAAUCGUCUGCUGGAGCUGGAGACCAGGCUGCGGGAGGUCAGUCUAGAGCAUGAAGAGCAGAAACUGGAGCUCAAGCGGCAGCUCACGGAGCUGCAGCUCUCCCUGCAGGAGCGCGAGUCUCAGCUGACAAGCCUGCAGGCAGCCCGGGCAGCUCUGGAGAGCCAGCUCCGCCAGGCAAAGACGGAGCUGGAGGAGACAACAGCGGAAGCAGAAGAAGAGAUCCAGGCGCUCACGGCACAUAGAGAUGAAAUCCAGCGCAAAUUUGAUGCCCUCCGUAACAGCUGUACUGUAAUCACAGACCUGGAGGAGCAGCUAAACCAGCUGACGGAGGACAACGCUGAGCUCAACAACCAAAAUUUCUACUUGUCCAAACAACUUGAUGAGGCCUCUGGCGCCAGUGACGAGAUCGUACAGCUGCGAAGUGAAGUAGACCAUCUCCGCCGCGAGAUCACGGAGAGGGAGAUGCAGCUCACCAGCCAGAAGCAAACGAUGGAGGCUCUGAAGACCACCUGCACAAUGCUGGAGGAGCAGGUCAUGGACCUGGAGGCCCUGAACGACGAGCUGCUGGAAAAAGAGCGGCAGUGGGAGGCCUGGAGGAGCGUCCUUGGUGACGAGAAGUCCCAGUUUGAGUGUCGGGUUCGAGAGUUACAGAGGAUGCUGGACACCGAGAAGCAGAGCAGGGCGAGGGCUGAUCAGCGGAUCACCGAGUCGCGCCAGGUGGUCGAGCUGGCAGUGAAGGAGCACAAGGCUGAGAUUCUGGCCCUGCAGCAGGCUCUCAAGGAACAGAAGCUGAAGGCCGAGAGUCUCUCCGACAAGCUCAAUGACCUGGAGAAGAAACACGCCAUGCUUGAAAUGAACGCCCGAAGUUUACAACAGAAGCUGGAGACGGAACGAGAGCUCAAACAAAGGCUUCUGGAAGAGCAAGCCAAGUUACAGCAGCAGAUGGACAUGCAAAAGAGUCAUAUUUUCCGUCUGACUCAAGGGCUACAAGAAGCUCUAGAUCGGGCUGAUCUGCUGAAGACAGAAAGGAGUGAUCUGGAAUAUCAGCUAGAGAACAUUCAGGUUCUCUAUUCUCAUGAAAAGGUGAAAAUGGAAGGCACUAUUUCUCAACAAACCAAACUCAUCGAUUUUCUGCAAGCCAAAAUGGACCAACCUGCUAAAAAGAAAAAGGGUUUAUUUAGUCGACGGAAAGAGGACCCUGCUUUGCCCACACAGGUUCCUCUGCAGUACAAUGAGCUGAAGGUGGCUCUGGAGAAGGAGAAAGCUCGCUGCGCGGAGCUCGAGGAAGCCCUGCAGAAGACCCGCAUCGAGCUCCGCUCCGCCCGGGAGGAAGCUGCCCACCGGAAAGCCACAGACCACCCGCACCCGUCCACGCCGGCCACCGCCAGGCAGCAGAUUGCCAUGUCCGCCAUCGUGCGGUCGCCCGAGCACCAGCCCAGCGCCCUGAGCCUUCUCGCCCCGCCAUCCAGCCGCAGGAAGGAGUCUUCGACUCCAGAGGAAUUCAGCCGACGUCUUAAGGAGCGCAUGCACCACAACAUUCCUCACCGGUUCAAUGUAGGACUGAACAUGCGAGCCACGCAGUGUGCCGUGUGUCUGGAUACCGUGCACUUUGGGCGCCAGGCAUCCAAGUGUCUUGAAUGUCAGGUCAUGUGUCAUCCCAAGUGCUCCACGUGCUUGCCGGCCACCUGCGGCCUGCCAGCCGAAUACGCCACGCACUUCACUGAGGCCUUCUGCCGUGACAAAAUGAACUCCCCGGGUCUCCAGACCAAGGAGCCCAGCAGCGGCUUGCACCUGGAAGGGUGGAUGAAGGUGCCCAGGAAUAACAAACGAGGACAGCAAGGCUGGGACAGGAAGUACAUCGUCCUGGAGGGCUCGAAAGUCCUCAUUUACGACAGCGAAGCCAGAGAAGCUGGACAGAGGCCGCUGGAAGAAUUUGAGCUGUGCCUUCCCGACGGGGACGUGUCUAUUCAUGGCGCCGUGGGUGCUUCUGAACUCGCAAACACAGCCAAAGCAGAUGUCCCCUACGUGCUGAAGAUGGAAUCUCACCCGCACACCACCUGCUGGCCCGGGAGAACCCUCUACUUGCUGGCUCCCAGCUUUCCCGACAAGCAGCGCUGGGUCACCGCCUUAGAGUCAGUUGUCGCAGGUGGGAGAGUGUCUAGGGAAAAGGCAGAAGCCGAUGCUAAAUUGCUUGGAAACUCCCUGCUGAAGCUGGAAGGCGAUGACCGGCUUGACCUGAACUGCACCCUGCCCUUCAGCGACCAGGUGGUGCUGGUGGGCACCGAGGAAGGGCUGUACGCGCUGAAUGUCUUGAAGAACGCCCUCACCCACGUCCCAGGGAUCGGAGCCGUCUUCCAGAUUUACAUCAUCAAGGACCUGGAGAAGCUCCUCAUGAUUGCAGGAGAAGAGCGGGCCCUGUGCCUCGUGGACGUGAAGAAAGUGAAACAGUCCCUCGCACAGUCUCACCUUCCCGCCCAGCCGGACAUCUCCCCCAACAUCUUCGAAGCCGUCAAGGGCUGCCACUUGUUUGCUGCCGGCAAGAUCGAGAGCGGGCUCUGCAUCUGCGCGGCCAUGCCCAACAAAGUUGUCAUUCUCCGCUACAACGAAAACCUCAGCAAGUACUGCAUUCGGAAAGAGAUCGAGACCUCGGAGCCCUGCAGCUGUGUCCACUUCACCAACUACAGUAUCCUCAUCGGAACCAAUAAAUUCUACGAGAUUGACAUGAAGCAGUACACGCUGGAGGAAUUCCUGGAUAAGAACGACCAUUCCUUGGCGCCUGCCGUGUUUGCCUCCUCCUCCCACAGCUUCCCCGUGUCCAUCAUGCAGGUGAACGGCGCGGGGCAGCGGGAGGAGUUCCUGCUCUGCUUCCAUGAGUUUGGGGUGUUCGUGGAUUCUUACGGAAGACGCAGCCGCACAGAUGAUCUCAAGUGGAGUCGCUUACCUUUGGCCUUCGCCUACAGAGAACCUUAUCUGUUUGUGACCCACUUCAACUCACUCGAAGUAAUUGAGAUCCAGGCCCGCUCCUCUCUGGGGACCCCUGCCCGAGCGUACUUGGAAAUCCCGAACCCACGCUACCUGGGCCCUGCAAUUUCCUCGGGAGCGAUUUACCUGGCGUCCUCGUAUCAGGAUAAAUUAAGGGUCAUCUGCUGCAAAGGAAACCUCGUGAAGGAGACCGGCACUGACCACCACCGGGGCCCGUCCACCUCCCGCAGCCCCAACAAGCGAGGCCCGCCGACGUACAACGAGCACAUCACCAAGCGCGUGGCCUCCAGCCCGGCGCCCCCCGAAGGCCCCAGCCACCCGCGAGAGCCCGGCACGCCCCACCGCUACCGCGAGGGGCGGACCGAGCUGCGCAGGGACAAGUCUCCAGGCCGCCCGCUGGAGCGGGAGAAGUCCCCCGGCCGGAUGCUCAGCACGCGCAGGGAGCGCUCCCCCGGGAGGCUGUUUGAGGACGGCAGCAGGGGCCGGCUGCCCGUGGGAGCCGUGAGGACCCCGCUGGCCCAGGUCAACAAGGUCUGGGACCAGUCUUCAGUAUAAAUCUCAGCCAGAAAACCCAACUCCUCCUCUUGAACUGCAGGAAAACACCAUCCGCACUAUGGAACGCUGCUGAAGAGGACCCCAGUGCCCACGGCGCAGCUGGACCCAGACCCGCCUCAGCACGGACACCCUGCAGCCAGGAGGGGCGUGGGGCUCCUGGGAGCUGCCGGCGCCCUCCUGCAGUCACCCUCUUUGCACUUUGUUACUCUUUCAAAGCAUUCAUAAACUUUUGUACCUAGCUCUAGCCUGUACCAGUUCAUCACAGGAAACCAACCGGGGGCUAACUACGACAUGGUUAGAAUCCUAAUUAAUAGCUACUUUAAGAUCCUAGGGUUGGUUGGGUUUUUGUUUUUCUGUUUUAUUUUUAUUUAUUUAUUUUUUAAAGACAACAGACUUCUUAAUAGAUUUGAAUAGCACCGUAUUUCCUGUUGUAGUCAUUUGUAGCAGGUCACACAAUCAGGUCUCUACUACCGCGAUGCAUCGUAGAAGAGCCUCUGCCGUUGGCUAACCUCCCGCGUUCACCUAGGCCCACCCCCCUUCCAGUCCCUCCGCACAGAUGGCCCUGUCUUACCCAGCGGGACACCUCAGCCAAAUGUUUACCGUUCUCAUUGCCUUCGAUGGCCUUGACGACUUCCCCUCCCACCAGCUGCGAAUGUAUGGAGGCCAUCGGCCCGGCUCAGAGGCAGUGGCUUGGGGCCAAGGGGCCCCGAGGAGCUGUUCCCUCCCUGCCCUCAGCGUCACCCCCCGGCCUGAUGUCUCCACUUUCCAUGUAGCUCUGGCCAGGAAAGCACGCAACAGACUUGCCCUGAGCCUGGCACCGAUGGGGGUCCAGGCGGGGGCCGGGGGCACUCACCUCCUGUCGUCGUGAUGGCGCACUCUCCCCGGCUCCCCGGGCUGGGAAGAGAGCCCCAGGAGUUCUGCAUGGCGGUUCACUGCAUGCGCUGCCCCCCGACCUGGCUGCCCCCUUGGGUUGCUCUGCCGAUGCACUAGUUCCAUCCCAUAGCUCCCGCCGAACCGAGACCCUCUGGGACUUGCCAACUCACCGGCCACAAGCUGCAGUCUGUAGCACUGAACAAACAAAAACCAAACACUCAAGCCUUACGACCAGAGAAGGAUUUCAGCAAACCACACCUCACACUUCCACACCUCCCUGCCGACGCCCGCGCGGACAACUCUGCUCACACACAAUCCACCAGGUUCUACCCCAUGAAAACUGUGACUUCCCAAACGAGCCUCUCCCUAGGGCUAGACUAAGACCAGGAAGUUCGAGAAGGAAGCCGCAGCUCAACUCUCCCACCCCAGCCGGGCGGGGAAGCCCUCCUUAGGUGCCGUGCGGCUCACCCAGUUUCUCUCUCCCCUCCGGCGGUGCGAGGUUCCUGGCAACCGGUAAAGAACCAACUAGAGGCUUUGCAGUUGGCAAGCUACCUAGCGGCCUUAUUUCUGCCUUUAAUCUCCCACCAGGCCUCUCUUGCUUCUCUACACCUCAAACCACCAGGGCACAUCCUAGGUAAGCUGACGGGUAGACCUGUUCCCACCGCAGCUGGCGAACGUGACCGCGUUUUAACCCCCGUGUCCACGGUUCAGCUCACUUUCCAGAUUGCAACCUGGCCUGAGUCCCGGCUCCCCCCUGCUCAUCUCUUAACCUAAGUGCUUUCUUGUUUGAAACGCCCAUGGCCCUUCCUCCACGUCGUCGCAUCCUUGGCCAGUGUCAUGCUGUCGUGUUCUAUGCGUUGCUUCGUCUUUGGGGUCACGCUGCAUCCCCUCUCUUCUCCAGGGCAGAUCGGACUGAAUGUUUGCUGAAGUUUCUGUCUCUUGGUCCACAAGUAUUUGGAGAGGUCACUGGAAAUUGGUGUUUUAGUCUUGGCAUCUCAUUUAGGAUCUCCAUGAGAAAUGGGCUUCUUAGCCCUCAAAGUGUAUAUCGUGUGUCUCAUUUGUGAAAUGCUUCCUGCUAUAGCACUAGCUCAAAGACUGUACAUAUUUACAAGAAACUUUAUAUUCGUAAAAAAAAAAGGAAAUUGAAUUGGUUUCUACUUUUUUAUUGUAAAAGGUGCAUUUUUCAACUCUUACUUUUGGUUUCAACGGUGGUAGUUGUGGACAGCCAUCUUCACUGGAGUGCGGGGAGCUCCGUGUGACUACCGAGAUGCCAGCAGGAAAUAUCGUAACACGAAAUUGCAGUCAAAGCUUACUAGCAUAAAUAAGAUUCUAGGUCCAAAAGUACAGGCUUUUUCUUCAUUACCUUUUUUUAUUCAGAACGAGGAAAAGAUCACAAGGAACGGCUCACGAUCCACCUUGAGAGGAAUGAACUCUGUUGAACAAAUAGUCAAAUAAAGCAAUGAUCUAAAAUGUU